UUGUGUCGAAGAGGAAAAAGCGUCAUAAGCACAUUUUUGUUUUCCGAGGCUUGUGUUGUUCCCAUCCUCCUGAAGGACCAGUUCAAUCCACAUCGCACACUAGUAUUCUACGUUGUCCAGAUUGCCUGGGUCGCUCAGCGCCUGUGUCCAAACACCCACAGUGCGGGGGGUCCUCCGCGCCAAUGGCUUGCUCGCCGGAGCUGGUCUGUUCGCUGCUGCUGGGGCUGGUGCCGCUGUUCGCUUCUGGCUUGCAGCUCGAGUCGACGACUUCAGAUCUUCGGUGGCUUGAGCCGCCGGCGUCGCCCCCCGUUGCCGCGGUCCCGCAGGCGGUGGGGAAUAGAAGCGUGCUGCUGAUAGUGGCUGGCUUGGCACGGCACUUGGAGGCCACGUGGCCGGGACUGGAGCAGGCCCUCUUGCUGCCGAACGAGCAGGCCGGUUACACGUUUGAUAUUGUGUUCAGCACCAAUGCGGGCCUCGAGUGCCAUCGCGAGUCGCCCAAGUGGAACAGCCGCAAGUGCGAGGAGCCGACCAAUCAGAUUCCUUUCCACACCUGGAUCGCCUCAGAAAGCUGUUCGGCGCCCGCGAGGUGGACGUGUUCCACGACGACUCCAGGUGUGACGGCCGCGCACGGCGAGCCCCAGGGCGGCUCGGCGGCGACGCCGAGGCGGACCUGCCCCUCGAAGUCGUCGGCGCUGAGCCGACAGCUGCCCGCCGCGACCGUCGAGCCUGCGCUCCCUGGUUCGAGCGGGUGCACCGCGUGCUCGCGGCAGCAGUGGAGCGCGGCGAGCGGUUCGACAGGGUGGUGGCUCUGCGGCCCGACAUCGUCCUGCACCCGGUCGUGGGCGGCGCUGCUGGCAACCCUGGAAGGGGACCGCGUCCGUUGCCGCCUCCGCUGA